AUGAAUGAAGCCUCACCUGUGCCUACUCUGCCGCAUCCCAACGACGCCGGCCGCAUGCAUAUGUCAUCCCUGUCCUCAUCGUCAUCCAUAUCCGACGCCGAAACUGAACGCCGGGGCCGCUCCGAACGCCCGCGCAUGGCGAGCCGCAAACCCUCUGCUUCUAUAUUGGUGCCCCGAGAUCACCCCGAAAUUGAAAUUGAAGAGGAAGAAUUUCCUCCCGACGACGCCCGCGCUAUGAGUCCGCGCCGCAAUUCUGCUGACUUAGAGCGAUUGGGCAAGGAGGCCCGCCAGACGCUUCAGGAACAAGCCAAGGCCCUCCAAUCAUCCCUUCAGGCUCUCGCCGAGCGCAUCGAUGCGGUCAAGUCCGACCACGAUAAGCUGGAAAACGAGAACAAGAUUCUACAAGACUACAUUGGUGGUCUCACCCGCAACAUGACCAAGACUGAAAUGACCCGGAGUACAAAGGCACGAAAGGCCCAAAAAUAA